AUGAGGGACUCAGAAGAUAGGGUCGCUUUGCACUAUGCAGCUGAGACUAUGGAGCUCGACAUGUUCAAAAAGAUUUUUGAACAGGACCCGACUCUACUUGACUGUGAAGAUAAAAAUGGACACACCCCACUACUAAUGGCCGUUAUGGGUGGCCGAAUAGACCUCAUCGAAUUUUUAAUCUCAAAAGGUGCUGACAUCAAUCACUGCGAUCGCGAUGGUCACUCUGCAGUGCAUUGGGCUGUCGUUUGCGGACAAGUAUGUUUCAAAUCAAUAGCAGCCCUUUGGAGAAUUUUCUUUUUUUCUUUUUCCAUGCUCAGCAAUCAUGUCAAGAAGAAAAACUGCGUGCAUGUGUCAUUUAUUUUCCUGCAUAGGAACAUAUCAAGGGACUGGUACCUUGGAAAAAGUAUGAAAGCUUUGAGAAAAAUGUUCUGUCUUUAGCU